AUCUUAUCUUUCUAUUUAUGGUCUGUCUUGUAUCGCGUUCGCGGUUACAAUGAUGUAAUUCCCACAUUCCUACUGUAGGUAGAGCAGGGAUCAGUGCAGGAGAAGGUUCAUCGAGUAAUCACAGGUCAAUGGAAAAUAAUUAAGAGCUGCAUACAUUCGUUUUUGGUACAAUCAGAGAGAAAACUUAGAGAGAAAUAUGUGGCUAGAGGAAUGCGACAGCUUCGCCGAACUAUGCCGAGGAUAUUUGCCGUAUUAUUUACUGAUAAUCUUGCCGAUCUUUAUUAUCAUUUCUCCGGUGAAUCCAGUUGCCGCCUCGCACGAAUUCCCCGUCUAUCGAAUGCACCAGUAUGACUUACACGGUGUACCGCACGGUUGCCGUAGCGCUCCAAUUUCUUUGGAAGCAAGAUCUCUUACAGGAUGGAGCACUUCCAGGCAUUGCGUAGUGACGAAAGCACUGAGUCUUACCCCUAGUCUGUUUCAUUCCAUCAAGCACAAGGCUGGAGCUUUGAUAGUGAUCUUACCAGAAAGACUCACCGAAUUGACGUUGGAGGAGAAACAGCAUAUUAUGAGUCUAGAAGAAUCUAUGAUGUUUGGACCGGAGACAACGAUGCCAGUGUAUUUUACUUCGUGGCAUCCUGAUCUACAGACAAUUUUGGAUAAUCUGUCCAAUGGUUUUAUUACCGAUGAGAAAGCUGGAUCUGCAGCUGAGGCGAUGUUUAAUUCUAUAUCAGCUAGCGGUUACCAGGUAGUAGUGGCAACUGGACAAACACUAGCCAAGACAGAUGUAAAAGUAGCCACUUUGCAUGGGAAAUUGACUGGUACUGGAGCAGAGGAGAAGUUACCAACUAUAGCCUUGGUAACGCAUUAUGAUAGUGCUGGCGUCGCACCUGAGUUGUCUUUCGGCGCAGACAGCAAUGCAUCAGGAGUGACAAUGCUACUGGAAAUAGCACGAUUGUUUUCCAGUUUGUAUUCCACUAGUAGAUCGAGACCUCAGUACAAUCUGGUGUUUAUUGUGACUGGUGCUGGUAAACUUAAUUACCAGGGCAGUAAAAAAUGGCUGGAGGAUCAAUUGGAUGGACUCGAAGGCUCAAUAAUCCAAGACGCAGCAUAUGUCAUUUGUCUGGACACAGUGUCCACCAGUAAUAAUCUUUACAUGCAUGUCUCAAAACCGCCUAAAGAAAAUUCCAUGGGUGGCCUUUUUUACAAGGAACUUAAAACUGUGUCUGAGCUGUUGAACUUUACCACUGUCGAAGGCAUACACAAAAAGAUUAACCUCGCUGAGGAAACGUUGGCUUGGGAGCACGAGAGAUACAGCAUUCGUAGACUGCCAGCCACGACUCUGUCUAGUUUGAAAAGCCACGAAGAUCCAACCAGAACAACGAUUUUAGACGUUAUACAAACAGGGCAGAUAGACAAAUUAUACAAACAUACGCAAAUAGUUGCAGAAGCGUUAGCGAGACAUAUUUACAAUUUGAGUUCUAGUCAGAUUUUUAUUGAUUCACUGGAAGUUUCCAAGGAGUCAUUAUCUUUAUGGUUUAAUUAUUUAGCGUCGCAACCAAGAGCUGCUCCGUUAUUGGCAGAUAAAAAUAACAUGUUAGUUGGUACCUUAAAAGAAGCAAUGGCUAGGUAUUUGGGUGAUGUUAAAGUUACUUUGCACAGUCCUGACAAACAGGAUCCAGAAUUUGUAUUUUAUGAUGUUACAAAAGCAAUGCUGAAUGUAUACAGCGUAAAACCAGCUGUAUUCGAUCUCUUUCUUACAAUUGCUAUCAUUAUAUAUUUGGGAGUUAUUUAUGUGAUCGUGCAUAAUUUCCCGCGCGCGUAUUCUUUAGCAACUCGUUUCUCUGUAAAAAAUGUGAAGUCGUCGUGAAAUUGCGUCAAACUUCAUUCAUUCUUUAACAAAUUUAAUAUAUAAUGAGUAAGUGUAAUGAUCAAAACUGUCUGUACAUUAAUUCUUAUUCACAUUAACCUUAAAUUAAAGAUCAUCUACACGUUGUAUCUCGGGUAAUUUGUAAAUGUUACAUGAUUGUUUAAUUUCAACUCCAACUUUCGUCCACGUUUUAUCUUCAUCAAAGAAGGAUAACACAAAUAACAGAGUAUAUUUAGAAGAGAGGACAUUGUUCCUCGUUUUGUGAAUUAUUAUAUAUAAGAACACGUGAUAAGUAAGACCAAGUAAUAACAGACCAAAUAGUGAGACUUCAGAAUGCAAUUUAUGAAGAAAAAGACUGGCAAAUUAUAGCAAAUACAAAAGUUUAGUAAUAGAUACAAUUCCAAAUCGUAGAUAGAAUACUAGGACGUUAGUUUUAUUUAAAUGCAGAUCUAAUAUGUACUUCAUUUAAUAGGUAUUAUCAUGUUCGCGACACAUGAUAUACGUGUAAUAUAACAAUUUUGAAUAUAUGUAUAUCACCUAAAUUAAGAUAAUUCUAUACAGGUAGUGUUACAAAGCAAAUGUUUUUAAAAAUUUUCUUGUUAAAAAGUACAGAAAACUGUUUGCCAAAUAUUAAUAUUAUAAAAACAUUUAUCAGAUGGAGCAAGAAAAAUUGGAGAGUGAACUAUUUGAAUGUAGCAUUUAA